CGAGUUUUCGAAUAUUCAUGUUUGACAAGUUCAGGUGCUGGAGAACUGCCCUUCUGUUCACCAGGACUGGGGUCCUAUGGCGGAGAUCCCUCUGGGAUACACUGCUCGGGGCUUCAGCUAAGGGCCUGCCUCUGAGCGACAGGCUGCUCCUAAGGGAGUCCCAGUCUCCCAUGGUUCUUGCACUCAGCCCCUCUCUUUCUGUAACUGAGGUAACAGCUACUGAGUUGUCACCUGCCCUGUUCUGUCCUGUGCUAGCUAGCCAUAUCCUUUAAAAGAAACAAAGAAAGGAAAGGCAGGCCACAGGAAAGCCAUCUCGAAGAGACUGUUUUACACCAAGCAAACUGAAGAAGGGGGGCCCAGUCCUGAUAGGCUUGGGGUAGGAGAGAGGCCACCUGUUAAAGUGCUGGUGAUACCUCAGAGGCUUCAUCCGACCUUGGGGAGGUUAGGCACUGUCUGGCACUUCUGUCUGCAGGUGAUUGACAGGACUUUCUCAGAGCCCCACACUGAACGGCAGGGUCAUCCUUCGAGCAUUGCUAGCCUGUGGAGGCUGUGCUUACUUAAUGAUGGUACAUUAGCAUGAUAGAUCCAUGACACUGUGAUUAUCUAGAUAAGCUGGGUCCUUGGGAAUGCUCUGCUAGCCAAUUAGUGUCCAGAGCAACCUAUGAUGAUGGCAUAUGCUAGGUCAGAGGUCAGAAGUCAAAGGUAAACAUGCAAAAAACAAAUGAGCUUUUAUUUAAGCUUUGGGAUUUCUGGAUUUCCUGUGGAUAAGCACUGUUUUAUUUUAUUUUAUUUUUUUUUGUUUUUUUAAGUAAACCUUUUCUUUGGGGAUGAUAAUGAAAGCUUAGCAGGAAAGCUGCAAGGAAGGCAUAGUUUCUCCAAGACAUUUAGCUCUUCCUAUUAACCACAAGUGUAUUUUCAUAUAAAAUGAAAAGUAAGGUCAUUCCAAGGGUAAGGAUAAUUGUUAAAUAACUUUUUGCGCUGUAAAUUGUGUGUGUGCAUGUGUGUCUGUGUGUGGGUUUGUGCACAGGAGGGCAGUUGCCCACAGAGGCCAGAGGAACCCGGAGCCUGAAUUACAGAUGGUUGUAUGCCACACACUGCCAGCUCUGGGAACCAAACUUGGAUCCUCUGGAAGAGCAGGCAGUGCUUCUAACCCAUGAGCCCUCUCUCCAGCCCUGUGUAUACGUAUUAUAUAUACCCGAAUACCCAGGGUCGUAGAAACAUGUCUAGAGCACACAGGGCCUGGAGUGGAGGAGGCGUAAGAAGAUGGAGGGCGGGGGAGGUAUCAUGAGAACUUAGCUGUGAUGGUAGAGUGUCCCCGAUAGCGUUUAGUCAGACAUUUCUGUGGUGUUUGGUUUCUGGGAUUUUUUUUGCUUGUUUGUUUUGGUUUUGGUUUUUUCCUACCGUUGAAACAGAGCUACGGGACACCCCGGUGUGUGAUUUCUGAGAGGGCGGCACACAGUAAAGCGUUUUCUAGAGCAAGGAAGAGAGGGCCAUAAGAGACCGGAACCUCCUCCAGGUUCAAGACCGGGAACAGCCCAUCCCUUGGAAGGUGCAGUUUAACCUAGGCAACAGCAGCCGACCUAGUAACCAGUGCCGGAACUCCGUUCAAGGGAAACACCUCAUCACCGACGAGCUGGGGAUUGAACUCAGGUUGUCAGGCUUGCUGGCAGGCACCUCUUCUGGCCGAGCCAUCUUGCUUGGCCUGCAAGUAUCCUUUGUUUGAGCACAGGACUGCCGCUUCCCAAGAAAAUGCAGUCAGCUGACAGGUGGACCUGGGGCCCGCAGUGCAGUGUCUACAGACUCAGAAAAAAGUUUUAGUAUUAGGUAGCAGUUUGUCCUUUUCUUUUGUCACAGCUACAAAUGGUUAAUUCAGGUCAGACAAAGACUCACACAAUCCUUCAGUUAUUAAAAAAAAAAAGCCAACACUCGGUCUUUUAAUCACUAAAAAAUCCCACAGGGGCGACAGGUUUUAUAUCGUUCACCUUUACAAAUAUGGGGAAAGUGGUUUAAUGAAGAAAACGUGUGACGGUUGAUGCUGUUUAUCAAUGAGAUGCCUCCGCGUUGCUAGGGUAACAGCAGUGUUAAACAAGAUAGCCAAUUAGAGUCACAAACUUUUCAAAAGCUGGAAGUUAAUUUCCCAGGCAAGACCAACACAUUUGUCUGCCUUAGUCUCCCAGGACUUGGUGAAAAUAACAUCCUCAGAGCCGAUAAGCACCAGUUUUCCCUGUGCAGCCCUGGCUGUCCUGGAGCUCCCCCUGUAGACCAGGCUGGCCUCGAACUCAUAGAGAUGUGCCCAUCUCUCCUGGGCGUUGGGAUUAAAGGCAUGUGCCACCACUGCCUGGUGUAUAUGGGUAUUGAAACAUCAUGAUGACCUAUUCCUGUGUGUGUGUGUGUGUGUGUGUGUGUGUGUGUGUCUGUGUGUGCGUGCGUGUGUGUGUGUGUGUGUUCAUCAGCUAAAAAUAAAGGGCGGGAGAAAUGGGUGAGUGGCCAAGAGCACUGACUGCUCUUUCAAAAGGACCUGGUUUUGAAUCCCAGCAUCCAGGGAAGGCAGCUAGCUCCCUAAACUGCCUGUAACUUCAGCUCCCAGGGAUCCGAGGCCCUCUUCUGACCUCUGCAGGAAUCUGCACUCACAUGUGCACACACAUGCAAUUAAAAGUAAGAAUGACUUCAAAAAGUAAAAGGUCACUUUUGCGUGAUUCAUGAUACAUGGGGACAGGCCUGGGCGAGCUUGCUCUCCCCAGAAAUUAGGCCUGGUCAUGGAGAGGUGAGUACCAGAGUUCAAGACCAAGAGCUGGGAGUUGGCAAUGGUAGGAGAAGGCCUGAGAUGUUAACUCACAGCUUCCCAAAAGAAAGGACAGGUGGCGUUUGCAGGCGACAUUGGGGUGCACGGUGUUAUCAUGUGUUUGACCCAGAUGGUGGCGUCCGCAGGUGACAUUGGGGUGCACGGUGUUAUCAUGUGCUUGACCCAGAUGGUGGCGUCCGCAGGUGACAUUGGGGUGCACGGUGUUAUCAUGUGCUUGACCCAGAUGGUGGCGUCCGCAGGUGACAUUGGGGUGCACGGUGUUAUCAUGUGCUUGACCCAGAUGGUGGCAUCUGCAGGUGACAUUGGGGUGCACGGUGUUAUCAUGUGCUUGACCCAGAUGGUGGCAUCUGCAGGUGACAUUGGGGUGCACGGUGUUAUCAUGUGUUUGACCCAGAUGGUGGCGUCCGCAGGUGACAUUGGGGUGCACGGUGUUAUCAUGUGCUUGACCCAGAUGGUGGCGUCCGCAGGUGACAUUGGGGUGCACGGUGUUAUCAUGUGCUUGACCCAGAUGGUGGCGUCCGCAGGUGACAUUGGGGUGCACGGUGUUAUCAUGUGCUUGACCCAGAUGGUGGCAUCUGCAGGUGACAUUGGGGUGCACGGUGUUAUCAUGUGCUUGACCCAGAUGGUGGCGUCCGCAGGUGACAUUGGGGUGCACGGUGUUAUCAUGUGCUUGACCCAGAUGGUGGCGUCCGCAGGUGACAUUGGGGUGCACGGUGUUAUCAUGUGCUUGACCCAGAUGGUGGCAUCUGCAGGUGACAUUGGGGUGCACGGUGUUAUCAUGUGCUUGACCCAGAUGGUGGCGUCCGCAGGUGACAUUGGGGUGCACGGUGUUAUCAUGUGCUUGACCCAGAUGGUGGCGUCCGCAGGUGACAUUGGGGUGCACGGUGUUAUCAUGUGCUUGACCCAGAUGGUGGCAUCUGCAGGUGACAUUGGGGUGCACGGUGUUAUCAUGUGCUUGACCCAGAUGGUGGCAUCUGCAGGUGACAUUGGGAUGCACGGUGUUAUCAUGUGCUUGACCCAGAUGGUGGCGUCCGCAGGUGACAUUGGGGUGCACGGUGUUAUCAUGUGCUUGACCCAGAUGGUGGCAUCUGCAGGUGACAUUGGGGUGCACGGUGUUAUCAUGUGCUUGACCCAGAUGGUGGCAUCUGCAGGUGACAUUGGGGUGCACGGUGUUAUCAUGUGCUUGACCCAGAUGGUGGCAUCUGCAGGUGACAUUGGGGUGCACGGUGUUAUCAUGUGCUUGACCCAGAUGGUGGCAUCUGCAGGUGACAUUGGGGUGCACGGUGUUAUCAUGUGCUUGACCCAGAUGGUGGCAUCUGCAGGUGACAUUGGGGUGCACGGUGUUAUCAUGUGCUUGACCCAGAUGGUGGCGUCCGCAGGUGACAUUGGGGUGCACGGUGUUGUCAUGUGCUUGACCCAGAUGGUGGCGUCCGCAGGUGACAUUGGGGUGCACGGUGUUAUCAUGUGCUUGACCCAGAUGGUGGCGUCCGCAGGUGACAUUGGGGUGCACGGUGUUAUCAUGUGCUUGACCCAGAUGGAGUCGCAGUGCUGCUAUCACCCAGGGUAGAGUCCUGAGGAACUCACUGACUCUCUGGGAAUUCCAUUAGAAACUUGCAUGAGGGAAGUGUUUACCAGGACGCGAGAAUGCGCAUCUCCUCACCCCUGAGAUGCAGUAGCAGAAACAACAGAAGCCACGGCUCCCUCUGAGGGGACUGGAUCUCCUGGUCUCCCAAGUAUUGAGGGCCCUCUAGUGUCCCUAAUUGUCAGCAUUCUGCCAGCUCCCACACAGACCUUGUUUUCCAGAGCAGUUCUAAAAACAAGUUCUCCUCCACCAGCCUCGUUCUCUGAGGACAGAGCUGGGCGCUCAGACUGGCUGGCGGGGAACAGCUGCUGCACACCUGAGGGCCCCUGCACACACCUGAGGGGCCCCCAUACACACCAGAAGGCCCCUGCCCACACCUUAGGGUCCAUAUACACACACCAGAGGGCCCCUGCACACACCUGAGGGUCUACACACACAUACACCAGAGGGCUCCUGCACACACCUGAGGGCUCCUGCACACACCUGAGGGUACAUACACACACCUGAGGACCCUUGCACACACCUGAGGGUCCACACAUACCUCCCACCCCCUGUACCCCGCAACACCUGAGGCUCUUCACAUGCACACAUACCCAAGGGCCUAAAUGGCCACUGGGGACGUGUUUGAGGUUAGGUGGUGGCCCUCAUAGACUUAGAGAUGUUUCUUUUCUACUCCCCAAAUGGUGUGGGGAGCUCUGCCUAGAAGCUCUGAGCAUAAAGUAGCCCCAAUGAGGAGGCCUGACGGGCGCUGGAUGCACACGUCUGUGUGAUGCGGUUUCUCAGUGGUAGAGCGAAGUACGUUUUCCUCUUUUCUGAGGAUUCAAGAACAUCCCUAAUUCUAGGGGAUGGUUGUGUCUCCCCGUUUGUGUGCAGACACUGGAAGCAGAGUAGGAAGGUCGACUGUGGCCUCCUAUUUUAACAGUCCCUUCAAAUUCCCACAACAGCAAUAAACCGUCAAAAGUGGUGUGCUUGCUUUCUAAAUCCGCAAAGCACUCGUCUCUGUGAAUGGGCGCCUCGUUUCCUACCUUGGACUUUUUUUAAAGAGGCCCAGGUGAAAGAUUCCACAACCCAGCCGCAUGGGCAUGACUUAGCCUGGCAAUGAGCUCACACUUCAGCGGUAGACUAGAAAGCGAUUGAGCCAUGGUAACAACGCAGAUCUAGUGAUGACUGAGGAGUCCAACUUCCCAUCAUCCUCUGCUCAGGUGAAGCCAGCCCUAGACAUGUGACUUCCACAUCUGGUCCUGGUGCAUGGGAUGGCUCCUGUCUGCCUUCUUCCUGUGCAAUUCUUCAUCCUCAGAGGGAGCACAGGUGGCUAGUUUCCCUCUGAGCUUUGUCCCUGGC